AUGUCUGUUGUAAAAUCUUCUAAAGAUAAAGAUCAACUUCUUCUUGAUGGUUUUCGUUAUCGUCGUGCAAAUAAAAGUCAAGUUACGUGGAGUUGUGUUAAAAAUAAUGUUCUGGUCGUUCAUGCACCAAAUCCAGACGAAAUAAUAGCUGCCGAAUUUAAAUCAAAGAUUAGUGAACGUGCAAUAACAUCACAUGAUCCACCUCGACGAAUUAUAAAUGAAGCAUUAUUAGAUGUUCAUAAAGAUGAUGGAACAGCUAUACCCAGUUAUACAGCAUCACAACGUACUAUUGAACGCAAACGUAAAAAAGAUGACAUACCAUUACCAAGAUCAACAUCAUUCGAAGAUAUAAGUAUUCCACAGCAAUUGACAGUAACCAAUGGUGGUGAUCGGUUUUUAUUAUAUGAUAAUGAAGACAGUGGCCACAGAACAAUUAUAUUAUCAUCUGAUGGUGACUUAAACCGUUUAUCAAAUUCUGAACAUUGGCAUGUUGAUGGUACAUUCAAGGUAGCUCCACAACUUUUUUAUCAAUUAUAUACAAUACAUGGUUUUAUUCGUGGACGUUCUGUACCACUGGUGUAUGCUCUUCUUCCUGGUAAAUCGGAGGCCGUUUAUGGUGAACUAUUUAAUGUUUUGGUACAAAAUGUCAGCAAACACCCAAAAUCAAUUACAAUUGACUUUGAGAAAGCGGUCGAAAAUGUUAUUAAACAAAAAUUACCAACAACAACAAUCAGCGGAUGUUUUUUUCAUUUUAAACAAGCUUUAUGGAGAAAAAUACAAUCAAUCAAAGGCAAAGAUCAAGUUCUUCUCGACGGUUUUCGUUAUCGUCGGGAUAGAUUAGUUUGGCGUUGUGUAAAAGAUAAUUGCAAAGGUCGUGCUCGUUAUGAUGGAGUAAUGUACGAAAUGUAUCAAGAUCAUAUAUGUCAAGCGCCAGAUCCAAAUGAAAUUGAGAAAGCUGUGUUCAAUCAUGAAAUUAGACAGAAGGCAGAACAAUGUCAUGAUCCACCAAGAUUAAUUAUACAAGAUGCACGGCUCAAAUUAUCUUCAGAUGCCGCUGCUACUAUUCCUCAAUACACAGCAUCACAGCGUGCAAUUCAACGUAUUCGACAGGAUAAAAAUAUUCCAACAGAACCCAAAACAUUUGCCGAUAUUGUUAUUCCGCCAAAUUUUCAAAUUACUGUUACAAACCAACAAUUUCUAUUAUAUGAUAAUAACAACCAUCAUCAAAGGGUAUUAAUAUUCGCCAGUACCGAACAAUUAGAUCUUUUGAAUGGAUGUGAAAGUUGGCAUUGUGACGGCACGUUCGCUGUAGCUCCUAAGUUAUUUGAACAAAUGUAUUCUAUUCAUGGUUCAAUACGCGGAAAAACGUUGCCGUUAUUGUACGCCCUUUUACCAAAUAAAACUCAAGGAACAUAUGAAGAAUUAUUCAAAAUAGUUGAUCAGCACAUUCAACACAAACCAAAAUAUGUAACAAUUGAUUUUGAAAAAGCAGCCGAAAAUGCGCUUGCUACUGUAUUUCCUCAAUGUGAUAUAUUUGGUUGUUUUUUCCAUUUCAAACAGUGUGUAUGGAGAAAUAUUUGCGAAUUACGUUUGAGAAAAGAGUUUCUUGAAAAUGCAGAUAGUCGUCACACAAUGAAAAAUUUAGUCGCAUUAGCCUUCGUUCCACAGCAAAAUGUUAUUCAAGAAUUUACUCAAAUAAAAGAAAAUGCGCCAGAUGUAUUAGAUGAGUUAUUCGUGUAUUUUGAAGACAAUUUUAUUGGCAGAAAAAUGUCAAGAAAUCGUAGAAGAAAUCCUCGUUUUAGUGUGCUAAUGUGGAAUUGUUUUUCAAGAGUUGAUUUAGAUUUACCUCGUACAAAUAAUGCUGUUGAGGGAUGGCAUAGCGCUUUCCAUAAUGUUGUGGGUGAUCAUCCGAGUAUUUACAAAUUUAUCAAAGACAUCAUAAGAGAAGAACAAAAUACAGCUGUAGUUUCAAAUCAAAUGCUUGCUGGUACACAAACACAAACUAAACGAAAAAAAUACGAAAAAAUAGAUGAUCGAAUAAAAAAUAUGGUAAAAGAUUUUAACGUUGUUUCACGUGAAGACUAUUUUAAAAUGGCUAGAUCAAUCUUCAACUUUUAA